CCGUCAGGUUGCAGUGGUGAGGCUGUCUACACCGCCACCACCACAGCCGCCUCUAAUUUAUUAGCGUGGUUGCCUUCUUCAACAGGCAGGUGAGGCGUACUCGUAGACAUAAUUUGUAGGCGCUUUCGUCAGCUUGUCAGCCAGAGUUCGCUGGAUCCAACCACAUGAAUUGGUCUGGCGCCGGGGCGGCCUCACAGCGUCCAGCAGGGCUGCCACUGACUUCAUCACCUAUUGACAACACCAAAAUCUUCGCUCGCAGUGUAUCGUGUUCCAUCAUCUCGCUCACGUACAAAUGGCAUCAUUUCCAUCGUCAUGGAUUGUAAAUAAAUCAAAUCCACCGCAAGCCCUAUCAUCCCCAACCACAACACCAAAGCGACGUAAAUCGCCAUCGCCAGCCCCGCCAGCGAAACCAAAACCGCAUGCGGCACUCUUCACGCGUCCACCUCCACCUCCGUCGUUAUUCACAACCCCAACCCGUCGCUUACCGCCAGCAGGGACACUCCUCAGCCGCGCUGAUGGUUCUUUUUCCUUCGCCAAGCGCUAUGAUUCACCUCCCAGCUCUCCCCAUUCGCUCUGCGACUCGCUCGUCUUCUCCUGCUCAGACAGCUCGCACUUCCACGAUAUGGACGAUGCGGUUCUGCCAAACGGACCGUGCGGACGACCUGGGUGCUGCGGCGACGAGCUACAUCCCAGCUCUUUUCUCAGCAUGGAUUGCCUUAUCUACGACGAUGAACACAACGUCAUGGAGAGGGAAGAGGGAGUAGCGCUGCUAUGGCAAGCAGCAAAGGCGCUGCCAAAGCAGAGCCCAUUCACAGGUCUUGGACAAGAACAGGACGCACCGACCGUGUUCCCGUCGUCCUGGAUUGUUCGUAGCACGGACACGAGCACGAGCACGCCGGUUCUUAAACGCAACCAAGCGUUGCCACACCCUAGGGGCAAGGGACGGAGCCGGAUGUCUACAUCGAUGCACUCUGCGAUGGCCCCCUCGAACCCAUCACCUUUGCGUUCCGCUGAGAAUAUAAAUAUGACCAUGAUGCCUCCGCCCCCGAGGGCCAUCAGCGAUGCCUAUCAAGAUGCGCCUGCGAAGACUUCGAUUCGGAGACAUACACUUCUAGGAUCAGGACCAGGAUCGGGAUCAAGAUCGGGAUCCGCGACUUGGAUAGCUGAGCCUUCGGAUCCCUCCCGCAUUGGUGACGAGUAUCUGUGGGAGCUCAAGGAGAGGCCAACCCAGCGAGAGCUGAUAGAUUGCUGGCUGCAGUCGACACCGGACAGGGAAUCGUUCAAGAGAGUGAAACGUUCACAGUGGUUCAACAACGGGUCGGAUGCGUCGGGAGAUGCUGACGAGCCGCAUUCGAGGCUGCCAGUUUCUGAUGCAUACUCAGUCUAUUCCACGUCGACGCAAAAUACUAGGGCUACAAGGCCGGCAUAAUCAAGUACACUUUUAAUGAAAAAAUCAAUACAUCUUCCAAUUCGCGGCCGUAGCCAAUCAUGAUACAUUACAAG